AUGAGCGAUUCAGCUUUACCUAGUAGCGAAUCACAAGACCACUAUAUUGUGGUGCGGUUUUCAGAUGUACAAAUAGAUGAUCUUCCGCUAUGCAUUACGAAUGUGCCCACACAAGAAAUUAACACAAAAUGGUUACGUCAAAUGUGUCGUCAGCUUCGGGGAAGGUGGACUCAAGGGAAACGACUCAAAUUUAUAAGGAAUGGACGUUUGUUAAACAGUCACUCUGAUUUAGGACUUCAGCAAUUCUUUCAACAAGGAGAGAAUGACAAAUAUUAUGUGCAUUGCAUUGUAGGGGAGACGUUGUCAGCGAAUGAUCUGGCAAACGAGGAUGUUAUGGAUGAUGUAAGUCCCGCAACUGAGGGAACGACUUCCCAGGCCAUAGGUUUCGAUAGACUGAGGUCGGUAGGGUUUAGCGAUGAGGAGAUUGAACUGUUGAGACAACAGUUUCGCUCAACAUAUGGUGACUUGGAAGAGCUCUCGCGAGCCAAUAAUGAGGCCAGGGAUAUCCGGCAAUUGGAAGAACAGUGGAUGGAGACCGGUGCCACGGAGGAUGCAGAGCAAUUCAAUUCCGUAGGCAUUGCAAAUUACAAGCAUAACAUCGACCUUUUGAUAGGCUUGAUAAUAGGUUGCGUGCUUGGGGUGUUCAGUCUUUUACUCUUCAAGCAAGAGGGGCUUUUCAACAAGCGUCAGAAAAUGGCCAUUGUGGCCGGUCUGCUUUUCAAUUUCACGUUUGGCAUUCUGCGGAGGUCUUAG